CGAAGCAACAGGAAAAAACAGGAGGAGCAACAGAGGAAGGAACAGGAGGAGCAACAGAGGAAGGAGAGGAAGGAGCAGGAGGAGCAGAGGAAAAAACUGCAGGAGCAAAAGAGGAAGGAGCAGGAGGAGCAGAGGAAAAAACAGGAGAAGCAACAGAGGGAGGAGCAGCAGACCCAACCAAAACAGCAGGAGGAGCUGAGAAAACAGGAGUAGUAACAGAGGAAGGCACAGGAGGAGCAGAAGAACCAAAAAAAGCAGCAGGAGGAGGAGCCAAGGAAGGAGCAUAUGGGGACGAUGUAUCUUUACAUAGGACUGUAGGUUGGGGCUGACAGGAGAUGGGGCGAUGUAUCUUUACAUGGGACUGUAGGUUGGGGCUGACAGGAGAUGGGACGAUGUAUCUUUACAUAGGACUGUAGGUU